GGGAGAAGGUAUGAAGAAUAAUGAGUCCUUUUCUAGUGACUCUGAUGAUUCAAUCUUGUCAACCUCAUCAGAGCUCACAGAGGAAGAAGAUGACACUGCUUCCACUACUAUUGGUCCUAACUUUGAGUUGUCUUCUCUCAUGGAUCAAUUACCCAUCAAGAGAGGGCUGUCAAAGUAUUAUCAAGGGAAAUCCCAAUCCUUUACAUCACUGUCCAAUGUGAGAUGUUUGGAGGACCUGCCUAAAAAGGAGACACCUUAUCAGAAAAAGAAGAUGAAGCCAAGCAAGAGUUAUGGAGGAGGGUUGGAUCUUGGCCAAAAGCCAUUAAAUUAUUCAUUGGGGCCUUGUAGUAAGGCUUAUAUAAACAAGAAGAGUGGUCUUAGGAGAAGCAGUAACAACCUUCUCUUUUGUAACAAACCUCCUCAUCCUCCUCCUCAUGCAUCUCUUCAUAAGAACUUGUGAAUUUUUUUCUUUUUCUUUUUUCUUGGUGCUAGUUUGUAUGAGAUGUAAAGCAGGAGAAUGAAUGGAAUUACACUAGAUUUAUUGACAAUAUGUUUGGAGA